AUGCCUCCCACCGCCGUCAACAACGGGGCUCCAGGGGCGCCCGUCGUUCCGAGUGCUGCUGAUGCCCGGGCAAAGCAGAGCAGGACGCGCACCACAAUCCCCACUCAGUCGGGCAAGUGGAUUCUGGGCAAGACAAUCGGAGCGGGAAGCAUGGGCAAGGUCAAGCUCGCGAGGAAGGAGGAUAGCAACGAGCAGGUCGCUUGUAAAAUCAUUCCCAGAGGCUCGGUAGAUGAUGGCCAUCACAGUCGAGCAGAUAAGGAGAGGGCCGAUCAGUCUAAGGAGAUUCGCACUGCCCGCGAAGCUGCCAUCGUCACACUCCUCGACCACCCCAAUAUCUGCGGUCUGCGCGAUGUUGUCCGCACGAAUUAUCACUGGUAUAUGCUAUUCGAAUAUGUUAAUGGAGGACAGAUGCUUGAUUACAUCAUCUCCCAUGGCAAGCUGAAGGAGAAGCAGGCCAGGAAGUUCAGCCGCCAGAUUGCCAGCGCCCUCGACUACUGCCACCGAAACAGUAUUGUGCACCGGGACCUCAAGAUUGAGAACAUCCUGAUCAGUAAGACUGGGGAUAUCAAGAUCAUUGAUUUCGGAUUGAGCAACCUCUUCGCCCCCCGUGGUCACCUCAAGACUUUUUGCGGAAGUCUCUACUUCGCUGCCCCGGAGCUGCUGCAGGCACGCGCCUAUACCGGGCCCGAGGUCGAUGUGUGGAGCUUUGGAAUCGUCCUUUACGUCUUGGUCUGCGGUAAGGUUCCUUUCGACGAUCAAAGUAUGCCAGCAUUGCAUGCCAAGAUCAAGAAGGGUCUUGUUGACUACCCUAACUGGCUAUCAAGCGAGUGUAAGAACCUCCUUUCUCGCAUGCUUGUAACCGAUCCUAAAUCGAGAGCGACGAUGGCCGAGGUCAUGAAUCACCCCUGGAUGAUCAAAGGCUACAAUGGACCCCCCGAGAACCAUGUUCCUCCCCGCGAGCCUCUCGCACUCCCUCUCGACACCGAAGUCAUCAAUGCGAUGACUGGCUUCAACUUCGGCCCACCCGAAGUAAUCAGGGCGCAACUCACACGGACAAUCGAGUCGGAGGAAUACCAGCGGGGUAUUCGUGCACUUCAGCGGGAGAAAGAGCUGCCACAGCCGCCCAAGGCUUCCGAGCAGCGAAGGGGUGUAUUUGACUUUUACAAGCGGCGGAAUUCGAUGAACAGUCGGGAUACAUUGACCAAUCCCAGUUCGGAAGGUCUAGCUUUGGGUAGCGACCCGUUGAACGCCUUCAGUCCUCUGAUGUCAAUCUAUUACCUUGUUCAUGAGAAGCAGCAGCGGGAUAAGGUCGACAUCGUCCCUACCAUGGCGGCCACGCCGAAGGAGAAGGAUCCUCUGCCCGAGAUUGCACCGCCACAGGAGGCACACACCAACGCUUCCGCCUACGAGAUGCCAGGAGAGAAGGCGACCGGCGGCCGAUCUAGGCCGAGAGCUCGUACUCAUGGAGAAGACGAGGCUCCAGACCACCUCAAGCCUCCGCAGCCAUCACCUGUACUACCCGAUAGCUACCAUUCUGACCAGCCCGCAAAGAAAGAGAGCACUGCCGCUGGUAUUCUACGGCGCCUCAGCACUAGGAGGAGGAAAGAGCCAGAGCGGUUGGAAAAGGAUCGGUCUCACCCACCCUCGGUACAUGUGCAAUCUCCUGCAGAGUCCCCUAUCCCGCCUCGCAAGUCGUUUAGCAUUAGACGCAGCAGGCGCGACCGCGAUGACAACUCAGCGCCACGAUUGCGCUCAGGCAGCAGUCAGCCACAACAUAGCGACCUCCUGAGCCCUCCGUUGUCCGCUGGGGCCAAUGCGCACGGCUACAAGAAGGGUUUGGGCAGGUCCACCAGUGUAAACUCUGCUGAGUUCCGGCGCCGAAAGGCAAUGGGUUCAGGUUCGGGUGUUACAGAUGAACCUCCGCCGACCAGCGGCUCAGACAGGUCCACUGCGGAGAAAUUGGCAGCCCCUGAGCAGAAGGGAGCGGCCAGCUCACGUUCCGCUUCCAUGAGGGCCAAGUCAUUAGGUCACGCCAGGCGCGAGAGCAUCCAAGCUAGGAGGCUAAGGAGGGAGGAACAGCGAGAAGCCGAUGUGCCCGAGGAGACAGAUCAGGAAGUAGGAGAGCAGAGCGGAUUGUCCAAUGAACGUCUUGAUGACGCUGACCUGGCGAAGCCAGUCUUCCUGAAAGGACUUUUCAGCGUUUCUACAACAUCUACAAAGCCUGUUCCCGAAAUUCGCACGGACAUCAAGCGAGUGUUGAAGCAACUAGGCGUCGACUAUACGGAGAUUCGAGGUGGCUUCAACUGUCGCCAUGCCCCAAGUAUUGACCUGAAGAAGGUCCAGGAUCCUCCUACCAGCCCUAUGCAGACACCAGGCCACAGGCGUCGCUUCAGCUUUGGCAUCAGGCAAGAGCGCGACAGGGAUGAUAUUCGUGACUUCGAGAGGAACCCGACAACCCCACGGACUCCUGGAAAGCAAAGAGACGACAGGAGCUACAGCAACUCAGACUUGUCAGAUGACGACAGCGGUCCGCGCGAAAACGGAGCGCAAUCCUCACAGGUCCCUGGAGAGACUCGAACGCAUGUUCAAAGCGACUUGGGCGGCAGCAUGGUCUUGGAGUUUGAGAUCUUCAUUGUCAAGGUCCCAGUCAUUUCCUUGCACGGCAUUCAGUUCAAGCGCAUGACUGGCAACACUUGGCAGUUCAAGAGCAUGGCCGACCAGAUCCUCCGCGAGCUGCGGUUGUAG